GUUGAAAUCAAAUUUGGUUUAGCAUUUGAGGAAUGUGGGUCAGCACUACUACUAAGCGCAGCAAGGAAGUGUAGGUUGGAGAGUGAUGAUGAUGGACUUCACCUACGACACCACCAAGCACCGCUCUAUUGUCAAAUUCAAAGAACCUCAUGGGAUAAGGGAUGUAAUGGACUUGCAGCAUCAUAUUCACUGUUUGGAAACUGAGGCUUACAGUUCUAUUUUGAAGGCUUUCAUUGCUCAAUCUGAUCUUCUGACAUGGGGCAAAGAGGGGCUUAUGACUGAGCUGCGCAAGGAACUAAAUGUGACAGAUGUUGAACAUGGAGAAAUCCUGGCAAAAAUAAAUUCAGAUGAGUUAAUUAAAAAAAUAAGGAAGCAGAGGAAAUUAGCAUCUCAUGCUCAGGAUUAUACUAAGGCUAGUGCUUCUGCUUCAGUGAGAAAUUCAAUAAGACUGAAAACUCCAUCCUCUGCUUCAUUUUAUCCUCAGAAGAAAAUAUCACGGAGCCAAGCUUCUCUACUUGCUAUUCCUAUUCCUUCUUCGAUGCCCCCAAAAUUUAAUGGUGAUCCAUUGACUGCUGAAUUUUCCCAUGGGAAUGUGGAGCAGUCUACAGAAAUGUUCAAUUAUAAUGUUCAGUUACCACCUAUUGGGGGAGGAAGAGUGCUGAAAGGAAAAUAUCAAUUAGAGAAGGAUUUUCACAGAUCUGACUGUGUCAAGUUAAAGAACAGAUCUGAUUUAAUUCAGAUUCGUGCAACAGAUAGGGUUAUCCAUGAUGUUGAAAAGAUGCUUUUCAGUAGAGAGAAACCUGAUCCGGUUGACAUUGAGAGAGCUAAACGGACUCUUAGGGAACAAGAAAUAGCAAUAAUUGAAGCACUUGAUAAACUGGCUGAUGCGUUAGAAAGGGGUGAUGCAUCCAAACAAAUGCAACGGUAUGAAGUCUCCAAGAAUACUGCUGGAGGACAAGAAACAAUGAUUCAUGCUAAUUUCCGUGGACUAACUGGUAAUGGUAGGUUGAAUGGACUUGGAGAUUCAUUUUGAUCCUUGUAAUUAGGGUGAUGAUUUUGUGGCAUAGAUAUGGAACCUUUCAUUCUGAUUAUAGGGCUAUACAACUCAAAAAAUGAUAUUGCUGGAUUGGUUCAGUGAGCACUUUACUUGUUUAGGAGGUAGAGCAUUUAAUUUAAGUUAGUAUCUGACUGAUGUGUGAAGAACGCUUUAGUGUGACUAGUUUCAACACAUGUCGAAUUAUUAUGCUAAAAGUAGCUUAGUUAAGUUGUAAAUGCUUGAGUCCAAUUGCU